GGUAGAAGGUCAUUAUAUUUUUUGGCGUCAGCGUCUUGUAUUGCUACAUUUUAUAACAGUGCAUUGACUCCUGUUGUUGCUCAAGGGUGGUUGAACAUGUUUACUCACGGCGCUUGUCCUUACCGUGGCAAUGGCUGUGCUCAGGCCGGGCCUCAUGACAACAAGCAUGUACAUUUGGGCAGCUUUCGUGAUGAUAAAUCCGGUGGAUCUUUAGAGAUCACACUUAACAAGUCUGAAUUGACCAGCGAUGCUAUCUACAAUCUUACUGUUGAGAGUCAGAUGUCCACUGGUUACUUGUGGAUACCUAUGGGCAUUUACUCCAGUUCAGAGCAUGCUGCCAUAGUAGGGAGGCAGGAGUCUUUUUACGCCGAUCUAUUGACCAAGGACUAUAUGAAAGACGCCAUGUCUAAGGGUAAACAGGCUCAUGACAUAACGAUUACUCCAUUCAAGGCCCAAUCUGGUGGUGCUGGUGUCGAAAAGGGUCCUUCAGGUUGCCCAGUUGGCGCUGCGGAGAUUUCCAUGUGUACACUAACUGUUCACCAAAGCAUCGGUGAAGGUGUUUACCAUGUUCAUUUUGGUUAUGUUUCUCCUUUUAGGGGUCCCAAUGCUGCUUGUACCAAGGAGCUUGUGAUUCGUAUCGUGGCAUAGUGGUAUAUAGUUACUUGGUUAAUUCAGCUAACACACUGAAACUUGUGUGUUAUAUUUUGAAAUAAUGUACCAUUAAAAAC